CAGCUCUCUGCUCCGCCACUGCCACCUCCAUGCCCCACCACCACCACCUCGCCACCUCGAGCCCAGAACCCUAGCCCCCAGUCCAAUGCCGCCUCCCCGCCGCCGCCCGCGCGCGCGCGCGCUUCUCAUCGCCCUCCUCUUCCUGGCGGUCGCCUCCCGCGGCGAAGGCGCCGGCGGUGACGCCCCGGGCAACGCCACCCCCUCGGCGCCGCUCGCCUGCUCCGAGCUCUCGCGCGUCUGCACGGCGUUCCUCGCGUUCCCGGCGGCCGGCGAGGCCGCGAACGCCUCCGUGCUGGAGUCCAUGUUCGACGCCGCGCCGGGUGACCUCACGGCCGACGCGGCCGCCAGCCCGGGCUACGCGUUCGUCCGCAAGAACUGCUCUUGCCUCGCCUCCCGCACUUACCUCGCCAACACGACCUACACUGUCCCAUCCGCCGCCGCGGAGACACCGAACACCACAGCGGCCGACGUGGCUGCCGCGGCGUACGCCGGGCUAGCCGUGCCGCCGCCGGGCGGACCUGCUCUGCGACCGCCGCGCCCCGGCGCCGUGGUGGCUCUCCACCUACUCUGUGGCUGCUCUUCCGGCCCCUGGAACUAUCUCCUCAGCUACGUCGGCGUCGACGGCGACACGGUGGAAUCGUUGUCAAGUAGGUUCGGGACCAGCAUGGACGCCAUCGAGGCCGCCAAUGGCAUGGCCGGCCCUGAUCCCAUAACCACGGGGAAGGUGUACUACAUCCCACUAAACUCAGUUCCUGGACAACCUUAUGCUGUGAUGUCUCCUCCUACUCCUACUCCUGCACCAGCCCCUGCACAAAAUAUAUUCCCAGAUGUGUCAGAACAUCACUCCACAAAAUUCCCUUACGGAUGGGUUAUUGGCAGCAUGGGAGUUGCACUUGCUUUGAUUGCUAUUGCUCUUCUUGCACUUGUUCUGUGCAAGCUCUCCCAAUACAAUCCCCAAGCUCCAAAUAACCAGGGAAAGAGCCCAGACCAGUCUAUAUCACAUAAAUUUCAACUUCUUAAGAGUGGUAGCUUUUGUUAUGGUUCUGGAAGAUACUUAUGCUGCCAAUUUGGAAAUGUGAAACAAUCAAGAACAGAUGGUGGUGAUCAUCAUACAAGUAUCCCAAAAGGUGUCGUAGUAGACGUAUUUGAUAGGGAGAAGCCCAUUGUGUUUACAUAUCAAGAAAUACUUGCAUCAACCGAUUCAUUUUCUGAUGCAAAUCUUCUGGGUCAUGGUACAUACGGUUCUGUUUAUUAUGGUGUUCUUCGAGACCAGGAGGUCGCUAUAAAGAGAAUGACAGCAACUAAAACUAAAGAAUUUAUAGUAGAGAUGAAAGUUCUUUGCAAGGUUCAUCAUUCCAGUCUGGUAGAGUUGAUUGGCUAUGCAGCAAGCAAGGAUGAACUAUUCCUGAUAUAUGAAUACUCUCAAAAGGGUUCACUCAAGAAUCACCUUCAUGAUCCUCAAAGCAAAGGUUACACAUCCUUAUCUUGGAUCUACAGGGUUCAAAUCGCUCUUGAUGCGGCUAGAGGACUUGAAUACAUUCAUGAGCAUACAAAGGAUCAUUAUGUUCACAGGGAUAUAAAAUCAAGUAACAUCUUGCUUGAUGAAUCCUUCAGAGCAAAGAUUUCAGAUUUUGGUCUUGCAAAACUGGUAGUGAAGUCCACUGAUGCAGAGGCUUCUGUCACAAAAGUUGUGGGUACAUUUGGUUACUUGGCCCCUGAAUACCUACGCGAUGGCCUGGCAACUACGAAAAGUGAUGUUUAUGCUUUUGGAGUAGUACUUUUUGAGUUAAUAUCUGGAAAGGAGGCAAUUACAAGGACUGAUGGAAUGAAUGAAGGCUCAAACUCAGAAAGGCGUUCAUUGGCAUCAGUUAUGCUGAGUGCACUGAGGAAUUGUCGUAAUUCAAUGUAUAUGGGGAGCCUGAAAGACUGCAUUGACCCUAACCUAAUGGACCUGUAUCCACACGAUUGCGUAUACAAGAUGGCCAUGCUAGCGAAACAAUGCGUGGAGGAAGAUCCUGUUCUACGGCCAGACAUGAAGCAGGCAGUAAUCACGCUGUCGCAAAUACUGCUCUCAUCGACCGAGUGGGAAGCGACGCUAGCUGGGAACAGCCAAGUUUUCAGUGGUCUUGUGGCUGGGAGGUGAUCCUGUGAGAUUGGCCUGGUUGCGUACUCCAUGCGCUCUUCGGUGAUCUCCUUUCCUGCUCCACUAGAGGCGUUUUCUCCUGUAACCUUCUCCUGCAUUUUGCUGGUUUCUUGCCCAGUCGAGCAGUUUUCUGCAAGUUCUUGACAGUAUCUACCACAGUGCAAUAUAUUUCUUGGUGGGUGAUACAAUAUGUAACUAUGUAUGUAUGUAUGCAUGUAUGUAUAACCAAAUGUGCCUCGCAAGUUCCAAUGCAAUGAUAUUGCACCAUAUCGU